GAGCGGGGGCCUGAACAAGAAAAAGCUUUCUGUCAUUUAAAACAAGCCUUGCUGCAAGCAUUGAAAUUUCCAGAUAAACAAGCCAUUUGUGAUUAAGUUGGCAGCAACCCAAGAAAUUCUAGCCUCAGUACUAAUGCAGGAGAUUGACAGGAAGUUAAUACCAGCCAGGCUCCCAGUAGAGAGUCAGGAGCCGGGCAGCACCCGGGCUUCCUGCGGGGAGUCGGAUGGGCACAGCCCAGCUCGGAGUGAGGAGUGGGGAGCCCAGGCAGCAGCCCAGAUGGGAUCGGGGAGCUGGUAGAACAGGGGCUAGAACCCUCCACCCACCCCAGGCCACAACCCCAGCUUCUGAGUGGCUUUCUUGUCAAUGUCCUGGCUCCAGCACAGAAAGAAAGGCCACCAGCUGAUGCGGUGCCUUCAAAUCUCACACCUCCUGGCACAGGCUUCCUGCACCCUUCACUGCCUUCCUUCACCCAGCCCAGGAUGGACCCCCUGCCUCUGCUCAUCUACCUGUGCACAGUGCUGGCACCAAGCCGUGGAUUCAGCGUGGACGUGGAGGUACCCAUCACCUUCAAGGAGGCAGCAGUGGGGUUUGGGCAGAGCGUGGUGCAGUUCGGGAGUGCCGGAGCCGGGGGGCUGCUCGUCGGGGCCCCACUACAGACGGGAGAAGUGAAUGAAACUGGCAAAGUCUACAAGUGCGACCCGGGCUCCAGACGCUGCCAGGAGAUCCCCAUUCAGAGGCCCCCGGAUGCAGUGAACAUGUCCCUUGGAUUGUCACUGGCUGCCCGAGACUCCAAUCUCCUGGUGUGUGGCCCCACAGUGCACCGGGCCUGCGGGGAGAACAUGUACGUCAAUGGCUACUGCUUCCUCCUGGACCAGAGCCUCCAGCAGCUUCGGCGCAUCCCGGACACCCUGGCAGAGUGCCCCAGACGUGCCACAGACAUAGCGCUCCUCAUCGACGGCUCGGGCAGCAUCAGACCUUAUGACUUUGGAAAGAUGAAGACGUUUCUUUCUGAGAUCAUGAAGCGUUUCCGCAGCGCCGACACGCAGUUCGCCCUCAUGCAGUACUCAGAUGAAUUUAAACAGCACUUCGACUUCUCACAGUACAGAAGGAGCAGGAACCCCGAUAGUCUUGUCAGGUUGGUCGAGCAGCUCAGGGGAACGACGCACACAGCCAGCGCCAUCAGGAAAGUGGUGCGGGAGCUGUUCACCUCUAGGAAAGGAGCUCGGGAUGAGGCCACCAAGGUUCUCAUUGUGAUCACAGAUGGGGAGAAAUAUGAAGAUCCACUUUCUUAUUCAGACGCCGUCCCAGAGGCUGAGAGAGCUGGAAUCAUCCGCUACGCCAUCGGGGUCGGCCAGGCCUUCUCCAGUGCUGCUGCCCAACGGGAGCUCCAGGAGAUCGCCUCUCAGCCCAGCAAUGAGCACGUCUUCCGGGUGGACAAUUUUGACGCCCUCCAGGGCAUCCAGAGCCAGCUGCAGGAGAAGAUCUUCGCCAUCGAAGGCACCCAGUCCCAGAGCGGCAGCUCCUUCCAGCUGGAGAUGUCUCAGGAAGGAUUCAGCUCCCUGCUGUCUCCUGACGGACCUGUGCUGGGAGCGGUGGGAGCCUAUGACUGGUCCGGCGGGAUAUACCUGUACGGGAGCAGCGGGGAGCCGAGCUUCAUCAACGUAUCCAGAACCUCCACUGACAUGAAUGAUGCUUACCUAGGUUAUUCGUCUCAGGUCAUCACAGCCAAUGGGCAGAGCAGCUACGUGGUCGGGGCCCCUCGCUACCAACACGCCGGCAAAGUCGUCCUGUUUAGCCGAGAUACCAAGGGCGGGGAAUGGACAAAUAGAUCGGAGGUGUUCGGAGAACAGAUCGGCUCGUAUUUUGGGGGAACACUGUGCGCUGUGGACCUCGACAGAGAUGGGAACACAGACCUGGUUCUAAUUGGAGCCCCCAUGUUCUAUACACCUCUGAAUGGAGGACGGGUCUAUAAUUGCCUGAUUAACUGGCCGGGCCUGCAGAAGAUGACACUGAUCUGCAGUAAGACACUGCAAGGACAGACGGGGCAGGCGUUCGGGCGCUUCGGGGCCAGCAUGUCUGAAAUCGGGGACAUCAGCGGGGACGGUCAGACGGACGUGGCCAUCGGGGCCCCCAUGGAGAAUGACAAUCGCGGGGCCUUGUACAUCUUCCAUGGGGGAAAGGGAGGCCUCAGUCCCCAGUACAGACAGCGCAUCGAGGGGUCGCUGUUUCCCAGCAGGCUGCACUACUUUGGCCAGGCUGUCAGUGGCGGGACAGACCUGACGGGGGACGGACUCCCAGACAUCGCGGUGGGGGCACAAGGGCAGAUCCUGCUGCUGAGGUCCCGGCCAGUGCUCAGAGUCAGGGUCUCCAUCAGCUUCCAGCCCCCCACGAUCCCCACCGCGGCCUUCAACUGCCAGGAGCAGGAGCAGCUCAACACGAAGGCCAGCACGGCAAAUGUCUGCUUCACCGUCACUAAGAGCACCAUGGACAGCCUAGGCAAUGGGAUCUCCAGCACCAUCCAUUACAGCCUGUCCCUGGACCCCGGGCGGACGAAGAUCCGAGCCGCCUUCGACUCCACCGGCUCCGUCCUGAGCAGGGAGCUGCGGCUCGGCAUUGAGAAGAAAUGUGAGACGUAUCAGAUAAAGUUACCUCUCUGCCCUGAGGACACACUGACCCCCAUCACCCUGCGCCUCAACUACACCCUGACGGGGGAGCCCAUCGCUGCUGCCGGCCGCCUCAGACCCAUCCUGAGUGAGGACUCCGCGCUGGUGUCUGCAGGCUCGCUCCCGUUUGGGAAGGACUGUGGCAGUGACAAAGUCUGCACUGAUGAACUACAAAUUUCCUUCAAUUUCUCAGGCUUGAGCACCCUGGUGGUGGGGAUCACCCCCGAACUCACCACCACCGUCUCCAUCCAGAACCGUGGGGAGAAUUCCUACAGUACCGGGGUGCAGUUCUUCUACCCGGCUGCGCUGUCCUACCGCCGGGUCCUGCUGCUCCAGUCUAACAGGAGGGCCAUGGCCGUUAAGUGCAGCUCGGCCGUGGGCUCCGAGGAGCAGACUCAGAGGAACAGCACCUGCCACAUCAACCACCCCAUCUUCUGGAGCGGAGCCGAGGCCGUCUUCGUCGCCACCUUCGACGUGUUCUCUGAGGCCGACCUGGAGUACAGGCUGCAGAUCACUGCCAAGGCCAGCAGUGACAAUGGCGGCCCCACCACCGAGCGCAUGAUUCACCGGGCGGAGCUGCCAGUCAAGUACGGCAUCUUCAUCAUCCUCACCAGCCUCGAGGAGUCGACCAAGUACGUCAACUUCUCCACCGAGGAGGCAGGGACAAGUGUGCCAGUGACACAUCGGUGCGAGCCCGAGCUGGCUCAGUGCGCCAGUGAGGCUGAAACGCCCGGUUCAAAGGACUUUGUGAAGCAGAUGAGUGAGCGCCCCCUGCUGGACUGCUCCGUAGCCACCUGUAAGAAGAUCCGGUGCAGAAUCGCCUCCCUGGAAAUGCAGCAGCCGCUGGAGUUCAUGAUCAAAGGGAACGUCAGCUUCCAGUGGGUCUCCCAGACACAGCAGCAGAAAGUGAGUCUGGUGAGCGAGGCCCGGAUUGAAUACGAGGAGAAGAAAUACACCCAGAAGGAGGGAUUCGUCCAGCGCCAGGUGCAGACGGUGGUGGAGCGCUCCGAGGCCUAUAACUACCUGCCCAUCAUCGUGGGCAGCAGCGUGGGGGGCCUGGUCCUGCUGGCUCUCAUCACCGCAGCCCUCUACAAGUUCGGCUUCUUCAAGCGCCAGUACAAGCAGAGGUUGGAGGGUGAAAUGGCCGAGCCGGCCCAGAGCGAUGCCUCCGCUCCCCUCAACGCCCCCAAACAAUAGCCCCGCCUACAUCCCCUCCCCAUGGGCUGCUUCAGAUCCACACACCAACGUGACAAGCUGGACUUGGAACAUCCCUUCAGAGCCUCCAUGCGGGGCUGGGACCAGGACUCCUGGGUUCUCUCCCAGCAGCGGGAGGAGAGUGGGGUCUAGUGCAUUAGAGCAGGAGGGGCUGAGUCUCUCUCCACCUCAGUUUCCCCACUUGUAAUGUGGGGAUAAUUAUCCUGCCAUUUUCUAUUUAUACUGGGAGCUGUUUGGUGCAUGGCUUGACUCUCACUGUGAAGAUGGCGCUCCCAGAGUAAAGGGGCGCCUUGAUCUCAGCUGGGCUCUGUGCGGCACCAGGGUCCCCACCUCAGUCAGGGCCUCGCGGUGCUACAGGGUAACAUCUAAUAAAGCCAAGCUCUCGGAGUCA